CCCCGCGCAGAGUCAGGCGGUCGUGUUUCUACAUGUGGAUAGUAUGUACUUAUAUGUGAUCGUGUGAUGUACUGUGAAGUGACUAUAGUGUUUGAUGUUUUGUGAGGAAGAUUGCACAAACCGCAUUCAUGAUUCAGGAAUCGCAAUCAAAUAGUGCUGAGAGAUGGGGAGGUCGAGGAGCAGAACACAAUAUGGCUCUUCAACAAAUUCUGAAGCUGCAAGAAGCAAGAGCGUUACACAAAACAUCUCUCCUCCCGAUUUACAAGAAGAAUGGCCUGCCUUCACCAAAAGAAGGUAGUCAUGACUACGAACAAAUGAGAUCAGACCAACGAUCUGACUCUUAUCCUGAUCCUCGUUUGGACCAACUUAAAUUAGAAACAGAGUUCAGAAAAUUAAUUGAACAAACCGGACGAGAGAUAAGAAAUGAUGAACCGUUCAAGUAUUUUCAACAAAUGAUGGAAUCAAAACAACACUAUGAAUACCUUAAAUCUAUUCAAGACAAACAAAGUCCGGUAGCAGAUGACAAAACAGUUAAAAAGGAAGUUAUGUCUCCAAACAGAGCUUCACCAGUCGACGGCUCGUCACCUAUCCGAAGAGUGUCGUCAGCCGAAGCAUCUCCUACCAAUAGUGUGCGUCUUUCUACCUCAUCAAGCCCCCUUUCAAGAACUAGUCCGAUUAACUCAUCCCCAUUAAGUCAUUUACAAAAUAUGCAACCCUUUGAUUUCCGUAAAUAUAAGGCGACACAUUCAAAAGAACCUAGCAGAUCUAGUUAUGAUAUAAGUACAGCAGAAAAGGCUACAAUGGAUUUAAUGAGAAACCCCUUCUUCAAUUUCCCGCUGCCGGGAAACCUUCCCAUCCCACCUAUUUCCAUGCCUUCCACUUUUAACCAUCCAGCCGCCAUGGUCGCUGCCCUUAGUCAAAACCCCAUGGGAUUAGCAUCUCUCCAAGCACUACUACCUCAAAUGUCAUCAAAGCCAGUUGACCCAGUAGAAAAUAAAAAUACCAACAACUCUAAUAAAUGCAGAAAUGAGGACCAAAGGCCAGGAGAUGAUAACGUUCUCAAUUUGAGUAAAGAUAGCUAUACAGAAGCAACGCAAGACUCAAGGAAUAUGCUGUUAGCGAAAAGCAUUAGUCCGCCCAAAAGACAAUGGGGUGCUGCGCAGUUGCCUUUAAAUUUGGGGACGCAUUUUAUUAAUCCUGCUACAGGAAAGAAAAGAGUGCAAUGCAAUGUUUGUUUGAAAACUUUUUGCGAUAAAGGAGCGCUCAAGAUACAUUUUUCUGCAGUACAUCUUCGAGAAAUGCACAAAUGUACGGUGGAAGGUUGCAGUAUGAUGUUUAGUUCAAGAAGGUCGAGAAACCGGCACAGUGCAAAUCCGAAUCCAAAACUUCAUUCGCCACAUUUGAGAAGAAAGAUAUCUCCGCAUGAUGGAAGAAGUGCACAAGUACAUUCAGUACUGAUAUCACCACACGCUGCUGGAUUAGGUAUACCUCCAGUCAUGAAUCCAAUGCAUCCAUUUGGCUCAUAUCCUCUGCUAAAUGCGUCACACAAUAUGAGACCACUCUCUUCUAAUACGUCAUUAGAAUACAAAAACAAUAUGAUGAUGAAUUCCUCUCCGUCAAAUGAUCAUGCGCAGUUGACGCGCCGCGAAUACGAUUCUGAAGAUAAUAAAGACCAAGAUGGUCAUGGUGAAUCAGAUGACGAUGAUGGUAUUGUGGUGGUAGCUGGAGAUGAGGACGACGAUGAAAAUGAUCACAUUGACACAAGUGUCUAUUACUCAAAUCAAAAUAAAAUGAAUGGUUCUGCCAUAGACUCAGAAACAGACUAUGAUCAAAGAAGCAUGAGUGAUAAUAAUGAAAGCACAGACAAUAGAAAAGAUGAUUCAGCAUCCCCUGAAAUCACGAAAAGGAAACGAAAAAACUUGAACCCCACACGACUACAAAAUAAUUUUGGAUCUGACAAUUCUGAGCCUAAUGCACAACCACAACCUUCAGAACCAAAUAAUGAUAUCGAUGAUGACGAUGAUGAAACAAAGGCUAAACGAUCCAAGACUGAUAUUCAAGAUACCAAUGACGAUAAAAAUAAUAAAAUUGAAUCGAUUAAAGUAAAGCAAGAAUUUAAUGAAGUUAAAAAUGAACCCAUGGAACCUGUUUAUGAUGUUCAAGAUCUCAGAAUUAAACAGGAGCCAAUGGACAAAUCCGAAUCAUACAAAAUAAAUGAAUCUGUGCAAUCAAAUAAUGACUUUUCUUCGGAAAAUGCUUUAAAACGAUUAGAAAGUCUUUCACGAGGUGAUUUUCCUAAUAUUCCUAAAAAAAUUGAUACUCAUAGUUCAAUAGGACCUUAUAAUCUAUCUAUGAAUGAUUCUAUUGAAUAUUCUGAUAGAUCGCCCUCUUCGUCUGUAUCCAGUUUUGAUAACAACUCUGAAGAUCCACAAGGUCAAAUUCACGGUAACUUUGAUAAUGGUUUUUUCAUUAGUACGACAGAUGUUCCAAUGGAUCAUGAAAAUCCUAGAAAGUGCACAAUUUGUGGGAAAAUGUUCCAGAAUUUGUACGUUUUAAAGACACAUUAUCAAAACGCUCACUUGAAAGUUAUGUACAAAUGUAACAUCGAGGGUUGUAGGGCAUGUUUUCAGUCGAGACGGGGCAGAGAUCGGCACAGCGCCAACGACAGCCUUCACAGAAAGAUGCUAACUACAGAAGACAUCAGGAUGAGAGAAGAUUCCCCCUUGAGAAUAAUGGAGAGGGCGAGAGAACAAAUGGAAAUUAUUUCGAAAUACAACGAAGACGAACGAGCCAUUCCUUACAUAGAGUCCCACAAAUACUACCGAGCGAAACAGUGCGACAAAAUGAAAACUCCUAAUCACCAUUUCCCAUUCGGUCAUCCAUACCCACCUCUGCAAUUACCUGAAUCAUACUUGAGUAACCGAGAAAUGUUUGCUCAACAUCCGUUCCUUUUCGCACCUUUUGGGAUGCUGCCAAACUUUCCCCCGUUACCUUUAGGGUUCUUGCCUCCAAGCCUGAACGCCUUUAGUUAUCAAAACCAGAACUUAUCUCCUCCUUUGUCGAGGAAACUGAACUAUUGUAUAGAAGACGAGGCGCCAAGACCAAAUAAAGAUGGGAGCUAUCCAUGUCGUGGUUGCAAAGAUUAUUUCAAAGACUUGUCCAGUUUGAAGCAGCAUUGUGAGACGGUGCAUGCGCAAACUUUGCACCGGUGUAGAGUGAGUGGUUGUUCUAGUGCGUUUUUCUCGAGGACCAAAAGAAAUAUUCACUCGGAGUUCCACGCGUCAAGAUUACAGAAUGGCAGAUGAGCCAUCCUGAAUGUGUCAAAUACCCAGUGAACUCCCGCAUUUGUGAUGUGGUUUAGUAUUGCCAAAUAGUUAUUAGUUUAUAUGUUAUGCCAGUACCUUUAAUUCUCAUAGACUUCUAAAGUGAACCUCAGUGCAUUUUAUCUCUUCAUCUAUUUAGUAGAGUGGCAUGGGUCAUGCUGAACGUAGCCCAAAAAAAUUAACGCAACCGUUUCGUAAGAUGUGAAAUUUAUAAUCCUCUGUCUAGUGUUGUUCUUGUCCCAUUAGGUUUUCGUUUAUCAAAAGAAAGUUCUUUAUUCAUCCUAAGUUUGAAGUAUUUUAAACAACAUAGAGUACAUACAUAAAUAGACAUGGACAUUACCUGCUAUACCUACAAUUAAGUGGCCAUAAUAUAAAACCAUUGUAAUAAGAAAAUUAUAUUAUAAAUUCACUACCAAGUUAUAUCCCACUAACAGAGUAUCAAGGCCUACGUUAAUUUUGAUCCACGCCGAUCUAAAAUUAAGAAUUGUUUGUGAUUUUCUAAAGCUAGCUGCACAUAAUCAUGUAAAUAUUCGCAUUUAUCAAUAAGUAUAAAUAGUUUGUUGUAUAAUUAAUUUAGCGUUUUUAAUCAUUACCCUAGUUUUAAAUGUAAAAACAUUCCAUAGUAAUAAUUGUGCAAUAAAAAAUGUAUGUAGAUAAUUGAUAAAGAAUGUACAAAAUUUUAUUCUACUUAAUAUUAAAUUUUUCGACCAUAAAAUGUAAUGCAAUAAAAAUGGAGACACCGAUUAUAUAACGUUAGUAACGCACUCACACUGAUUGAAUUCAAUAUAGAUUUGCCAAUCUACUUAUUUUUUUCAAUAAACAAUAUCAACAUAUAACCAAGAUGGCAAGUUAACGUCAAAACUAAAUUAUAUAAGUCUAACUUAUCACUCUCAAAGCGCAUCGUAUCAAAUUUCAGAACGCUACUUAAAAUAUAUUUAACUUAAAAAAUAUUGGUCACAAUUUUCUGUUCCAUAUAAAAACAAAUACAUAUUGAAGAGAUCACUGUGAGUUGAAUUCAAGUAAUCAGCGUCAAUUUUGUAUAAAUGACAUUAGUUGAGUCCAUCACUCUUUUUUGCUCAUCACCCAAAAAAUGGUCGCUCAUAUUUCAUCUUUUAAAUUUUAACUGUCCUGUCUUAAAAGUUGUGGCAAUUUACUUAAGUAUUGAAUUUCAGAGCGUUUUGUAUUUAAAAAGGUUUAUUUUUUCAUAAAUGAACCAUGAUCUAUGCUGAGCCAAGAACUUGGAAACGUCAGUGGGAAAAGGUUUUCCAAAAAAUGUUAUAAAGAAAUGUAACUUUUCAUGUAUAUAUAUAUAUUCCUUAGUAUCUAAUAAAUGUACUGACACAGUUGCAAAUAAUUAUAUGAAAUUGACAAGAUUUUUAUUUGUAUAAUUUUAUUUACUGUGAGAAAUUCCAUUGACUUUUUAACACUAGCUAAAUUUUCAAAAUAACUUUGUUAUGGGACACAGGAACAUAUACUUACUCAAGCUUUACUAUAUUAUGUAAGCAUGGCCGAGUCGAAUAAAAUAUUUUAAAUAGGUACAAUUCAAUUUUUCAUACAAAGUGUAAUCAGUCAAAUAUUAUUAUAUCACACUUUUAAACAAAUUUAUCAGUUAAUGACUUUCAAAGAAAACUUAGCUGAUGUUUAAAUUGUCACGCUUAUUUAUAAAAAUGGCCGACCCAAAAGUAAAUUUGUCACGCUCUGAAAAAAAAACAAUAUUGAUCCCAGUAAAACAACAUAAUAAAUUUUAAAUCAUAUCUUAAUAUUUUGGUGCUAAUUAAAUUUAUACUGUAAAUAAUGUCGCGAUUCGAUUUUCAAGUGAGCUCUGUAAUUUUUGAAUAAGAACCAAAAAGUAUUAAUCGUUAGUAUCUAUGUAAUAUAAAGAGCAUGUUAUUCUUCAU